AUGGAGCUGCCGGAGCUGCGGGCCUUCGCCGACGCCGGCGACGACUUCUACGACGAGCCUUGCUUCGACGCCGACGACGCGCGCUUCUUCGACGACCUGGACGCGGACCCCCGCCUGGCGCACGCGCACGCGCAGCAGCCGCCGCCGCCGCCGCAGCUUCACCCGGCCGAGCGCGACGAGCACGUGCGCGCGCCCAGCGGGCACCACCAAGCGGGCCGCUGCCUGCUGUGGGCGUGCAAGGCGUGCAAGCGCAAGACCACCAACGCCGACCGCCGCAAGGCCGCCACGCUGCGCGAGCGGCGCCGACUCGGCAAAGUCAACGACGCCUUCGAGACGCUCAAGCGCUGCACGUCGGCCAACCCCAACCAGAGGCUGCCCAAGGUGGAGAUCCUGCGCAACGCCAUCGGCUACAUCCAGGCGCUGCAGGCGCUGCUGCGCGGCGGCGGCGGCGGCGGCGGCGGCGGAAGCGGCGGCGGCGGAAGCGGCGGCGGAGGCCGGGACGCCUUCUACCCGCUCGUCGAGGCCUACGGCGGCGACUCGGACGCCUCCAGCCCGCGCUCCAACUGCUCCGACGGCAUGGCGGACUUCGGCGGGCCGACGACCUUUGACCCCAAAACCUUUCUGAACGACGACAAGGGUGCCAAGUGCGAGCGCGCGUCGGCGGUGUCCAGCCUGGAUUGUUUGUGCAGCAUCGUGGAGAGAAUCUCCACCGACGCCGGCAACAUCGACGACCCGGCGAGCGGCCCGCGGGACCCCGACCUCAUCUACCAAAUCCUUUAGCGCGCCGCUCGUGUCCUCCGAACAAACGGAAGCCCACUUCGAGGCUUCCGGCGUGCGACGACGACGACGACGACGACAAGAACGUUCACCGGGGCCUCCAAAAUCAACUUCCCGCUCAUCGGGAAAAAGGGUGACAGCGCACAUACGCGCGGCAAUCCGAUCAAUCCACCAAAAAAAAACAAUCCAUUGGCGUCAUGACGAGAUGAAGGCAUCGCUGCAAAAUGUCGACUUUCGACAGCGUCACAUUGCGCUUCGAUUGAAGUGUUUCUGCUUGUUUGUAGCGCACGGUGCCAUAUUGCAAAUGUUUUUCAACGCUUCCUGCUAACGGUGAGAAAUAAUGCUAAUCGUGAGAAUCGUCGCGGUCAACGCGAUGUGGUGAAUUUUGCAAAUCGUCAAAGCGCGACAGCGCGUGAUCGCUUCGGAUUUUGCUCCGCGUGCAGCAGCAGAUGAAAGUCGUCGUGAUGGCGAUUUUUGACGGCGAUCGCGAUGGCGCGAUUGUUUUUGGGGGCGGGACCUGCGCUGACCGUACAUUCCUCGAGGCGCCUCCGACGAGACGAGCAAAACAGAAAAGAGAAAGUAUUUUCUUGGAAAUGGGAAAAGUUGACGUGUUGAUUGUUUGCAGAGGACCAUUUUUUUUUUGUACAUUUGAGCUGAGGUUGUAAAUAAGAGCGUUUGUUCAACGUAUUUAAUGCUUUCCUUUCUUUCUUUGUGUUUGUCGUGAAACAAAAAUGUAAAACUUUAUAUUUAUACAAACUGAGUGACAC